CCCACAAUAUCCGCAAUUUCUUUCUCUCCACAGCUCCGACAUUUCCCACAAUAAUAUAUAUUUUUUGAAAUUAAAAAUUAUUGCAAAAUCGGCUACAUAUUUUCAAUUUCUGCAGUGAUAAGACUAUUAAACAACUACUAAAAUGUCGUAUAUGUUAGCACAUUUACACAACGGCUGGCAAGUUGAUCAGGCCAUCCUUUCAGAAGAAGAUAGAGUGGUGGUCAUCCGGUUCGGCCACGAUUGGGACCCAACGUGCAUGAAAAUGGACGAGGUGCUGUAUAGUAUUGCGGAAAAGGUGAAAAACUUCGCCGUUAUCUAUCUGGUGGACAUCACGGAGGUUCCGGAUUUCAACAAAAUGUACGAACUGUACGAUCCCUGCACGGUGAUGUUUUUCUUCCGGAACAAGCACAUCAUGAUCGAUUUGGGAACGGGUAAUAACAACAAAAUCAACUGGCCCCUGGAGGACAAACAGGAGAUGAUUGACAUCAUCGAGACGGUUUACCGAGGGGCACGCAAAGGUCGGGGUCUGGUGGUGUCUCCGAAGGACUACUCGACAAAAUAUAGAUAUUAAGGAAUUAGUUACAUACCUUUAUGUAUAAAGAUGCGUAGCUAAGUUUGUCCGUAAGUAGGUCUAAAAUAAAUUAAAACUUAUGUAAUUAUGAAAGAUUGACAUGUAUUUCCGGCAAGAAAACGCGCUGCAUCCCCUUUCAAUAGUCUAUUUCGUUAUUCAGAAUCAACAAUGUAGCGUAAAUCUACAACAAGUUUGGUUGAGUUUUAUAAAAUCAAACUAUUUGGUGAAAAGAUGAAUGUAACAAGA